GUAGAAAGUAGAAAGUAGAAAGAGCAACAGUAACAGUUGCAGUGGUAAAGUUCCAAAAAAGCAAGAAAAGCCAUUGAUGAUUGCAGAAUACAGAUACAAACAGAGGAGAGAAGAGAAAGAGAAGAUAAAAGACUCUUCAUAGAGAAAGAGAAAAAAGCUUCAGACAAGUACUCAAAAAAUCUGUACAUUACAGACACAAAGACAAAAUACACACAUUUCCCCAACCCCAACAACACACCUCCAGAGAGAGAGAGAGAGGUGCGCGAGAGCAAAGAGUCCCCAUUAAUGGCGGCACAAGCACACGACCGCGACCCACAACCACCCGUCGCCGUCGAUUUCUCCAACGACGAACCAAACCACGAAAAGCUACUCUGUUCGUAUCUGGGUCUCACGUUCGGGGUCUUCCUCGGCUUGACGCUCCAGUCUCGGAACGGCGAGCUGUAUCUGAAGCUGGUGGAGACGGAGGAGCAGCUCCGGGAGCUCCUCUCGCGGCGGAAGGAGGACUCCAAGGCCAACGCCCGGGUCGUGGAGAUCUUCGCCACCCACCGCCACGCCUGGCACCGCGAGGAGAAGCGCCUGCUCCACCAGAUCGACGCCGGCGCCGACGAGAUCACGCGCCUCCGCGCCAGGGUGGAGGAGCUCGAGAAGACCGAGCUGGAACUGAGCCGAUGCGUCGACGAGUUGAGGAGGGAAGUGGGGGAAAGGGAUGAGAUGCUGAAUUUCAUGGCCCGGCCGUCGGAGUUCGAGGACUGUCCUGACGGCGGCGGCGGCGGGGGGUACGGUGGGGAGUGCUGCUCUGAAGCGGCGGUGGGGUUGGAUCCGGUGCCGGAGGAGUGUUUAUUGGAGAGAGAAGGACACAAUAUGGAGGAAAUGGGUGUUCUAUACAGGUCGGGCAAUGGGUUUAGCCCCGAGUUCUUGAGUUCUGCUUCCAAGUUCUGGGCCCAAAAAACGGGUGUCUGGCAGGAUCCACAGUAUGAGUCCCUCGAGUCAUUACAUCACUUAAAGCAUUUUUCAGUGAGAAGGGAGUCCCCAUGGAAGGUAGAUGGCGAGGCCACUGGUGUCUCCUCUAAAUUAAAGUUACUUGAGCAGGAACUGCUGAAUUUGGAAAGAAUUGACAAAAGUAAUCUUUCAAAGGUACCUUCACAGAUGAGAAAGCAAGCUAAGAGAUAUCAAGCUCUUGCAGGAAAGAUUGAUGAUCUAUGCAGAAGAAUGGCCAGCGAUCCCUCUGAACCGACACUGAGCUCGGAGUUUCGAACACAAAGACAAACAGAGUUCUUGCUCGAAGCAUUUCGUCUCCAGCAGCGCGCGUCUGAAACCGCACAGAAGCUGAUGGCGCUGCAAACUGAGACUGGAAAGAGCUAUCUGGGGGGCGGUCUGGAAGCUCAGGCGCAGCUGACUACGAGGCGCUGCAUGGACUCCAUUAAAAACAACUUCAGAGAGAUCCAGAGGAACUUGGAGAUAUGGCUGGCAAGAAUCAUCGGAGAUCUUGAAGGGAUUCUGGCCAGAGACGGCGCAUCUCGUGUUGGGGAAUACUAUUUAUCUGGGUACCCUUUUGUUCAAUAGAGAUAACUGGUUUUGUACAAUCCUGAUCUAGCAAAUACAUAUUCUUCUGGUAAAUGCUGUCACGAGCCAUUGAAGAGGUGGCUGGAAAGUUUCAAGAGAAGUCCAAAUGAUUUGUUGUAGAAUAGAGAAGAGAAUAAGAGGGAAGUUGAGAAAAUGAUGGAGAAAGGGUCGGUAAAGGGAGAAAGGAAAAAAAAUGAUUUUAAAGAAGUUAGGAAGCAAUGCAGAAUGAUGAUCAAAAGAGGUUAGUUGUUGUGUCUGUGAAAGGAUGGAUUAGAUGCUUAAAGCUGCUAUAUUUUGAUUAAAAAGCUCUGAUUUUUAUUUUAUCUAA